GAGAGAGAGAGAGAGAGAGAGAGAGAGAGAGAGAGAGAAAUAAAUAAAGGGUUUCCAUUUUCUUUAGAAAGUUAAACAACCUUCAAUGGCUCCUCCUCAUUUCUUAUCUGUAUAAAGAAACCUUCACUGAGAUCACCACCAACAACAAGCCAAAAAAAGAGAGGGAGAGAGAGACAUCUCUGUAUCUUUCCUUAGCAGAGAAUAAAGAAAGAGCAACGAAUCUCAUUACUUAACAUACAAUAUUAUUAGCAACAAUGCUGCUUAGAAGCUCCAUUUCCAACACCAAGAAGUUCUUCCAAAAAACCUUACAAAGCGUCAAGUCUUUGUUUUCCGCUGGUGGCUACCAAAAGAUUCCCAAAACCCCUUCUCAUCCCUUAGCUAAUUACACAGCCAGCUCAGACAAGAAUAAUGUCCAACCUAGUUACAAAGAGCUAGACAAAUUCUACUCCGACUUCACCGACCAAUGGGAGUUGGAUAAAGACAAGGCAAAGAAGGGAAGCAAGAAGAAAACUAUGCCAUUCCCAACUAAACAAGAAAAUGAGGUUUACAAUGGCAGCUUCAUGAAGUUUUCACAGGCGAGCUCGGUGAAGAAGAAUCAGAUAGAAAGGAAAGAAGAUCAGUAUUAUCAUAAUCAUGAUGAUGAUGAUGUGAAGAUGAAAAGCAUAGUACCCCACGAAAGGAAAAGACAAGAAGAUUCUUGUUUUAAAGGUACGAGAGAAGGAAGGAUUUGUUUGGUGGCACAAAAGCUAAGGGAGUUGGAGAUGCUGGAUAUGAGCAAUGUGGACCAUCUCUUGGACAUAGAGGAGGUUCUUCAUUACUAUUCUCGCCUCACUUGCCCGGCCUACCUUGACAUUGUUGACAGGUUUUUCAUGGACAUUUAUGCUGAAUUCUUCAAUGCUGCCCCAACAUUAACGCCAGCAAGCACCAUCAAUUCCAGGCUGAGGCCACGAUCACUAAGGUCAUAGACUUCUCUCUUUUGGAGAAAUUUGGAUAGUUAGUGAAGGAAAAGGCAGAGAGGCCUUAAUGCCAUUCUUUCUUUUGCUUGUGAACCCAUUUUUUAUUUUAUUUUUGCAGUCUGUCUUCUUGAUCUUUUCGCUUUGUUUCGUAGAUUUGUGCCCGCUGUUUAUAAUUAAUUGGGAGUUUCUAAAUAAUUUUACAUUAUUAAUUUAAUUUCCUUUCUAUGA